GAGACAUGUUUAAGUGAGUUAUUUUAUUUUAUUUUUAUAUAAUAUUCUUGUUGGAGGGGUUCAGGAAAUUCUCACAGUAUUUCUACCAGUCGUUAGAGGCAACAAAUAGUGUUACGUCAAGUCGACAGCUGGUGUAAUAUUUAUGUUCUAAAAAAAUUUUCGGUUAAUUGUCAUACCUAAUUGCAUGGGAAUAGAAGUAAAAUUAGGUACUGUAAGGCAAAAUGUUUGCAGAUAAUAUAACUUGAAUAAGAAAAAAUUCUGGAACAAGUUAUCAAUUGACCUGAAGAAUUGAGAAUAAAAUUUGAAGGAAAGAAUCUAAGAAUCAAUAAAAUUAAAACAGAGUAUAUGACAGCAAAGUUUUGGAAGAACAGGGCAAGUAAGCUAAUGUCAACUGGUGGUAAUGUAAUAGCCGAGGUUUAAAGUUUUAAGUAUCUUUUAUCUUUAUACAAAAGAGCGGUGGUUUGACGAGGAGAUGAUACAUAGAAUUAAGUGUAAUUGAAUAAAGUAAAGAAGAGCGCCAGUUGUUCUGGAUGACAAGAGAAUUUUAAUGAGGCUUAAAUAUAAGUUCUACAAUAGUAUGGUGAGAUUGACUAUGUUGUAUGGUUCGGUGUGUAGGACAAAAAAUAUAAGAGAGAAUUAGUGUAACAGAGAUGAGAAUGCCCAAAAUGAUGAGUGAUGAUCCGAGAAAAGAUAAAAUAAGGAAUGAAUACAUAAACAGUAACUUAGACGUGAUUUCCAUUGUAGACAAAAUGAGAGAAAAUAUUCUGAGAUGGCUUGAACAUAUAUUGAGCAGAAUGGAAUCAGAAGUAGUAAGAUUAUAAUGAAAAAAAAAAAGAUGCUAAAAGGGAAGAUGAAGAAGAGCUGGUUUUUUUUAUCUCUGUGGCUGGAUGCAAUUAAAAAUAAUUAGAAGAUAGUCAGUAUUUGUGAGAUGAAAGAUCGGACGGAACCCACUUCAGUAAGACUUGACCUUUCCUGUUUUAUCCAAAUACAUUUUAGCCAUUUUAAAAUAAAGUAUGCAAUUAUUUUUAAAUACUAGUUGAAACACAUAAGAAAGUAAAUACAAAUCACACAUUAUUAUUUUAUAAAAAUUUGUAACUUUGAAAUUCCCAAUAAAAAAAAACAAAACAACUAUAAAGGAAUGCAAGAAUACCAUGAAAUAUGUAUACUUUUAUAUAGAACCAGGGACAGACCCAGUGGGGCCUGGGUGCUCAAGCCGCCCCUAGAUAUAUUAUCACUCCAAUCAGUUUUUUUUUUUUAAUCCUAUAGAUCUAUUAGACGUAUAGAUCUUAUUAUUUAUUAAUUGUUGCCACAUGAGUGCGCUAUGUCGCCAUCAAAGUUGGUCCCGGACAAUCACAAAUAGUGUGAGGUUACUUAAACUAUAAUAUGGUACUUUAAUUAGAAUCAUAGAUAUUGUAAUUUUAUUAAUGUUAUAAACAAAUUGUUGGCCACUCUUCAUCCAGAUAUUUGCUCUGGAUCCGUGCCUAUAAAGAACUGGUGAAAUUACUAGGUAUAUGUAUACAUUUGUGUACAAUAUAUGUAGAAAUUCUAAAAAAUAAUGACUUGUGUUUUGUGAUGAUUUUUAAUAAAAAAAUAAUUUAUAAUGAUUUGUAUUUUAACUAAUAAUGUAUAAUUUGUAUUUACAUUUUAAAAUUUAAUAUGAACUUUUAAAAUGUUUUUUGUACAACUUUUUUGUGCAAGCUAAAUACUUUAUAAAACAAUAAAUAAUAAUUUAUGUUUUUAAAACAAUUGUUUAUGAGUUUUAACUAUUAUUAAAAAACCGUUGCCAGCUUAAUAUUGAAAUGACUAAAAUGUAUUUGGGAACAAUAUUCAACGUCGAUUUUGAUUGAAACGGGUCGCACUCGGAAGAUCGAGUCAAUUAGAAGUUUAGGACAAGGAUGGUCAGUCUCAUAGAUUUACUUUUAUAUAAUAGUUUAAUGUUAUUAUGAUCUUACAAUAGGCAAUAAGGUAAUUACAUUUUUCUGGAAAGCCAAUUUUUUUUUUGAAAAUGUAUUCAUUUUCCAUACAGGUUCAUGUUACUAUAUCAUCAAAAUUAUAAUAUUUACAAUAAUAUAAUAUAAUUAUUAAUUAAUAAUAUUAAUAAUAUUAUAAUUAAAAAUAUUUUCGUUAAAAACAAUAAUAAUUAAAUUACCUAAUUAUUUAUUAUAAUCAAUGACGAAAAUAUUUAAACAGAAUUAUAAAAAUGGCUGAUGAUAAUUGUUUGUUUAACAGGCAACAUUAAGAAUGAUUUAGAGAGUAAGUUGUACACAAUUUUUAUCACAAAUCAUCCUCCAAUAUAUAAAGUGUAAUACUUUUUCUGAAAAGAAAUUUAAUAUAGUUAGUUCAUGAAAGAGGUCGUCUUUUGAUUUCCCAAAUUUAUUUCAAAAUUAUAUGUAUAAAUCGGGAAAAACUUCGAAAUAAAUAGAUAGGUAUUUAAAAAAUAACUAUUUCAUGAUUAUUGAAAUUUUUGUACUUAUGUUUUCUACUAGAAAUUUAGUUUUAUUCAAAAGAUGAGAAUAGACAUUUUUUCUGAAAUUUUGAAUCUAGUUGCUCAUGGUGAAAUACAUUUUUUGAUUUUUCUAUUUAUGUAUAUAUUUGAAUCGGAAGAUCACCUCUAUUCUUUGUCGUGCAUGUUUGAAAUUUGAACUAAUUUUAUAUUAUGUGACUCGUUUUAACAAAUAUUAUGUACCACAAUGUUUAGUGUACCAAAUAUGUAUGUAGUAUAUUGUAAUUUAAUUUAAUUAGAAAAAAAGUCACUGUAAAACAAGGUGAACAAGUUUAAUAUAGUUUCUAGUUAUUAGGAAUCUCGUUUAUGUAAAUCAUAAAGUUGUGAUAUAAUUUGCGAUGUUAAAUACAAUUUUCGAUUCACUUAACGAGUGCAUAAUAAUACAAAUUACUUACCUAUUAUUUUGCAAUAUCUUUGCAAUAUCUUUUGCAAUAUAUUUUGCAAGAUAUAAGUAUUCGUAUAAUGGUAUUUACAUAAGUAUAAAAAUACCUGUCAUAUCGACAAUGUUGUCCUUAUCAAGGAAAUCGAAAUAAAUAAAUUGAUUUUUUUUAUUGUCACGGACAUUCUUCAGCCAAGAUAUUCUUUUUUCUUCGAUUUUUUUCUAGUAAUAUAAGCUGGAGUAUUUUGUAUCCCUGAUUAUUCCUCAUGAUAUGUCCCACGUAUUCUAGCUUUUUAUCUUCUAUUGGUGUUAAAAGUUCCUUCUUUUUUUCCAUUCUUUCCAGUACACUUUGAAAUGUAAAACAAUUAGUCCAUAAAAUGUUCAGCAUUCAUCAUUAUAACCCCAUCUCAAAAGCUUCAACGCACGGGAGAGAGUUCACUUAUAAAAAAUAUAUUAUUUGCUAGCCUCAUAUUUGAAAUUAAAUAAGAUGAUUUAUUAAUUAAAAAUUGUAUCCUGUUAAACAUAGGAUCUUCCUGGAAUAUUAAGUGUUACACUAUAUACAGUUGAAUUUAUUUUUAUGACCUCUAUUUGUAUUAUUAAAUUAUUAAUAUUUUAAUGAGUUUCCUGAUACCAUAAAAACAUAGGUUUUAUAUAUUCGAUACUAAAUGUGUAUUCUUGAAUGGUCAUUGUGUAUCGGAUGAUUUAUCUGAAAUGUAUUACCUAUCUUGAUUUAAAAGAGUAGAAUUGGGAUAUUUCUACAAUUUGAAAUAAAAACGGAANUUCUUUAGAUCACAAACUUGAAAAGAGAAUAUUUGUCUAGAAAUUUUGAUGUGCAUAACACAAAUAUCAGAUUUAUCGUUAUUGAGUUAUAAGAAUUUUAAUCAGAGAUAUAAGGUAGGGUUAGAGAAGGCAAUUUAUUUCCUUCUCUACUUCGCCGAUCGAAACUUUAAACCGUUAUAACUCAUAAACGAUUCAUCUGAUAUGAGUAUCGUGCAUAUCAAAAAUUCUAGAAAAAUAUUCUCCUUUAAAAGCUGUGUUCAAAAGGGGGAGUUCUUAUUUUAAAAUUUAAAAUAAGUACUUAUUUAAGGUAUAUAGAAUAAGAACACAAAAUUUAAAAUAAUUUUAAAAUAAAGCUUAAAAAAUUCCAUAAUAAUUAGAAAAAGCAGAAAUCAAAUUGACAUAAAAUCCUCUGAGAUAAUUGCGGGUUUAUGAUAAAACAAUGCACUCUAUAUUGUUAAGUUUGCCUGCUUAGAAUAAUAUGUUCACAUUCUAAGUAUAUACAUAUCUUUAUAGAUUUCUUAGAUUUCCUAAUGCUUUGGUUAUCAUUCUUCUUCUUCUUACAAAGAUUUCGGAUAUUGAUGACCUUGGAAGCCUAGUUGUCGUUGUUUCUUCCCUUGUCGAAUCUUGGCUUCCGAAGACCAUGAUUAUUACUUACAUAGUAACAUCACUCACAUUUUCGCUUGCCAUAACGAUAUAUUAGAGAUAAUAAUUAUGUGGUUUCCAGUGUAUUCCGAAUCCUAAUGCCAUUGACAUAAUUUAACCUCAGGACAAUAAGGUGUCCUUAAACUAUUUAAAUCGUACGCCUGGUCCAUUAUUCCUUUAGUAACUCGGCGCCCCGGGGUCGCUACUCCCGUUGCAUUGCCUAAGAGCAUAAAAUUUCUUUAAACUACCUUACAUAAUAUUAGAAGAGUUUAGCAAAUUUGAUUUUUGUUCUAUCUAUCAUGCAUUAUGCAUUCAAUAAGUAAAUCAAAAAUUUUACUUAUUAUCAUAAAUGAUAACACUAUUUUAUGAUACUGAACAUUUACGAGACAUUUACUUCUUAACUGAUAACUACAUUUAAUGAUUGUUUUACACGUAGCUGGCAAAGUAUUUUUGUUGUGAUUGUUAUUAUAUUCACCAUUCAUACCAGUCGUUUUUUUUUUUUUUUUUUAUACCAUUCAUGUAACGAAAAUUGUAUUGCAUUUGUAUUAUAAGUUAAAUAUAUGAUUAAUUAUGUGAAAUAGAUUGUAACGAUGCCAGAAAUUGUGCCGAAAAAAUGUUUAACGCCGAAAAAGGUCAGUGUACUUUAUUAGAAAAUUAAGCAUUUUGUUAUUAAAUUUGUCAAAGAUGUCGUAAUAAGAAAUUUUGACCUUAUAACCUACAAUAGCUCAUACAAUUUCUUUAUUUCAGUUUAAUUGUCAAAUCAUAAACCAUAUACUUAAAUAUUGACAUGAUCUCCCACGAGAUUUAUUACACAAAUUCUAAAUUUGUACCAAUAACACGGAACGUAAGUGCAGGUCGUCCAAAAGCAAUUAGACAUAAAUCAAUUUUCGACAAAUUUAUUUUUGUCAAUCGAAUCGUCAAAAUAAUAGACGUGUUUUCUAAAAUUAAAUAAAAUCGUAUCAUGAAAUCGGGAAAUGGGUGACUUUUUAUAAAAAGUACAAAUAUAAUACAAAUAAAAUAAUUGGAACUUUAUAAUUUAAAUAGCCUAUAUUACAAUUAUUAUAGGUAAUAAAAUAAUAAAGUAAAAACAAAAUUAUUAAAAUAGUUAAUACAUAAAUAUAUAAAUACAAAAUGUAUUCAUAAAAAUAUAAAAGUUGCGUUUUAUAUUUUGACUGUGAUACACCUGAUGAUGAAUUUUUAAUUCGAAACUGAUCGUAUAAAUCACUUAUGAUAACACUCCGGGGAGCGCAGUUAUUUAUUUAUUUUUAUUUUUAUGUAUAUAUUUUUGAUUUAUAUAUUUAUUUACUAUGAUUAUUAUAACAGGUGAUAAGAAAGAAAAAAAAUAAGAUAUAAAAUAGAAAAAUACACAUGUAUAUAUUUAAAAUAGUAGAUAAAAAAAUACAAAUUGCAAUAUAACUAUGAUAAUUGUAUAAUAUUGAUAAGACAGUAAUAAUGGUAAGGUGGCCUAAGGCAAUAAAUGUUAUUCGCAGAUCUUAGUAUUCGAUGCAACAAAUGGUUGUGACCGAAGUUAGUUUUAUGCAUUGGAAUAUGGAAUUAGGAGCUCUAGAGUAAAGGUUCCAAAACUGUGGAUCGCGACCCAAAAGUGGGUCGCGAUUAUAUUUUUAAAUAUUACGUUUUUUAAACAUCUAUUACAUUUCAUUGUUGUUCAAAUUCAGUUUUAUCGUCAAUCUUUAUCUGUGAGUGUGACGAUUACGAGUUUACAGAGACCGAGUCAAAACGAUGCAAUUAGAUUAAUAGUUAUUGAAAAGAUAAUGAUUUAUCAGAAAACACAAAUUAGUAGGUAUCUGCAAGACGUUCAAAACUUUUUAUUAUAUUCAGUAACACGUGGUAUAUUGAAUACGAUACGUGUGCGCAGUUGUAUAAUUAAUAUUAUUUUUUCUCAAAUAAUUUUGUUUUCUUUGUACUUUUGUACACUUGUGGACAAAUGGUUAAAUAAAUAGUCAAUGACACAAAGUUAAAAAUAAACAGAAACAAUAUCUUCGUCAAAAGUUAAAAAAAGAAAAUUUAAUUACGAUGAGCUUUAGGGUGGUCCUUAUUUUUCGCUUGUGAUUUUUUUCAGGUUACCCCCCUCCCCUAAAAAGUUUCGAUUACUAUAAAAAAACGCUACAAAAAUAGUUUCAGGGAAAUUCAUUAAUAUUAACCCGUGCCACAACACCUCUAAAUUUAAAAAAAUAGAAAAUUUUGAAUAUAAUCAAUUUUUAAAAUUUUUUUUAAUAUAACUCCAGGAAAAAAAUACUUACAAAAAAUUUGUUAAAAUAUAAAAGAUAGAACACUACAUUUCUACAAUUUGUUUCAUAUAUAAUAUUUUGCAAAUAUAUUAUUUUUUCAAAUAUUUUAAUUACAAGGUAAAAACAAGAAUAAUCUUAAACAUUUUAAUAUUUAAGGCAACUUAAAAUACAACUAAUAAUUAUUUAUAAUAACAAUUUACAAUUAUAAUAACAUUGUUACCUAAUUAUUUUAUCUGUAAUAUAUUUUAAUUAUAAAUGAUAAAACCAAAUUAUUGUGAUAGUGCAGUAAGUGUUUCUUUUUUGUGGUCAGGAUAUUUUUUGCGGUAAUCACUAACAACUUGUAGAAGGUAUUGUUUUUGAGAUUCGUUUUUGGUACAUCGUUUAUUACUGGAAUAUUUUUUAUAACUAACAAAGCUUUAGAAUAGUCUUCAUUAUUUUCCCAAUUAAUUGGAUCUUCAUUCAAAAAAAUGGUGUUGAUGGAAAAUCUUUUAAAUAGUGUUUUAGUAUUAACACAUAUAAAAUCAUCGAUUUCCUUUUCUAAUAACUCAUUUGCAUUUUUUGGCGAUAUAAUUAAACGUUGUGCAUUUGAAAUUAAUUCUGAUGAACUUUCGUCGUAGUUUAGAGCAUGAACCAUUUUUUUUUUUUAUCUCCAGUGGCACAGUUUCAUCGAAAAAAGCAAAAGCACAUAAUUCUGCAGAUAAAUACCAUAAGUGACCACAAAACUUUUUAACUGCAAUCUGAGAUAUAUCUUUGUCUAUAGAGGUAUAAUGUGAAAGACUUUUUAUAAAAUUCAAGUCUUGUAAUGGUGCUUUGAUUGAAGAUGGUGAGUUGAACCAUACUUUUAUGUAUAAUCGUACAAUAAAAACGCAAAUACUUCUUUAAGCAUUUUCUUCUUUUGGCGUUAAAUAAAAUUGUUCACGAAAUAAAUAAAUAAAUAAAUCUAGACACCAAUCUACAAGUGUUUGGUAUACUGCGUUAGCUUGUUCAAGUCCAGUUCCAGUAUUUAGCGUCGGAACACCUUGCAGUUGUUCCUGACCAUUAACGGAAACUAUUAUAGGAAGCCUAUCAACUAAUCCUUUUCCCGUUAAUAUUGGAAGAACUUUUCCAUCCCAGUGUAUAAUAACUGCCUCUUCUUUUGCCAGGUUAUUAUUUCGACAUAUUUUUAUCGGUACGUUCCUUACGAUAUUCUAUACGAGCGCGACGAAUUGAAGACAGGUUUAUAAUAAGUGUAUUAACAUUAUUACCCAAAGCUUCUGCAGCAGCAAUUAAAAGAUGUAUAGCAUUCCUGUCACUGACUUUACAUUUGUCCAAUACAGUUGUGAGUUUUUUGGAGAAUAAAUCAUCGUACCCUCUGAUUAAUUUGAAAAAUUUACUCGAUGGACCAAUAGCAUCUNAAGCCUAUCAACUAAUCCUUUUCCCGUUAAUGUUGAAAGAAGUUUCCCAUCCCAGUGUAUAAUAACUGCCUCUUCGUUUGCCAAGUUAUAGUCCCGACGUAUUUUUUCGGCACGUUCCUUACGAUAUUCUAUACGAGCGCAUCAAAUUGAAGACCGGUUUAUAAUAAGUGUAUUAACAUUAUUACCCAAAGCUUCUGCAGCAGCAAUUAAAAGAUGUAUAGCAUUCCUGUCACUGACUUUACAUUUGUCCAAUACAGUUGUGAGUUUUUUGGAGAAUAAAUCAUCGUACCCUCUGAUUAAUUUGAAAAAUUUACUCGAUGGACCAAUAGCAUCUUCAUGUAUAAAUUCCUAACUAUCUAUAUCGUCACAUUCGUCAGAACUGCUCGACGAUUGUAGUUCUACAGUUUUAUCUGAAAUUAAUUUUAUAUUAUUACACAUUUAUUGAAAUCAAAAUUAAUAUUAUUGACUAAAAACGUACACAAAGCUUCAAGUUCAUCACGGGCACAAUAUUUUCUUUUAUUUGUCGCUUGUUUGAAAUCUUCUAUGGUUUUUUCUUUUUUUAUAAUUUUUUGAUCAAUACCAUGCAACGACCCAGGUCGACCUUUCUGUCUCUGGGCUAUUAAAAAUGCUUUGUCAUUCUCAAUAGACAGUAAAUCUAAUGCAUUUGCACUCGCACUCAGCUUAUUGAGCCUUCAAUAUGUUCUUCUGAGUCGAAGCAAAAAUAUUCUUUAAGAAAAUAUUGUUCUGAAUAUUUGCGAAUUGGAUUUUCGUGGAAUAGAGAUGAAGAACACCCACGUCCACAAUGUGUUAUUUGUGAAUGUAUACUUACAAAUGAGAGUAUUCGAUCAAACAAACUACAUCGACAUAUAGAUACGAACUAUCCAGAAAUGAAGAAUAAACCACUCGAUUUUAAGGAAGAAAACUAGAAUCUCUAAAAUAAUCAAAAAAUAAUAUUUUUAAUUUUACUGCAAUUAACCAAAAAGCUACAUACGCCUCAUAUAAAAUAAUUUUACUUAUAAAUUGCUCAAACUGGUAAGCCUCACAAAAUUGGAGAGUCUUUAAUUUUACCAUCAAUAAAAGACGCAAUCGGGAUCAUGUUUGAUCAAAAAAGUUUAAAGAAGUUGAAAAGUUAUCGCUUUUAAAUAAUACAGUUCCACGUAGAAUCGACGACAUUUCUGAAUGGGUAGUAUAUAAACUAAUCAAAAGAGUUAAUUUGAGUACAUGGUUGUCAUUACAACUAGAAGAGUCCACAGAUAUGCAAGGCUUAUCUCAGAUGAUUGUUUUUGUACGUUACACAUGGAUAAAUCGAGUCUGCGUAGUUUAAACAUUUAUUUUGUACUUUUUCCAGACAAAUUAAAUCCUUUGCUAUUUAUGGCUUCCAGACUACUGAUCUGUAUUCUAGUUAAGAACGAACUUGAGCAAAAUGUAAAGUGCGUAAACACUCAACAGAUUUAUAUAAAUUUAGAUUCAGGAUGACAAACCCGAGAGUUUUGAGUGCAUUACUAACUACAAUGGCGAUGUGAGGGUUGAAAAAGAGUUUUGUCGAGUAAUUAAAUCUUAGAUCUUUAAUGCUGUAAACGCAUUCUAAAUUAGAGCCAUUGAGAAAAUAGCAAGAUAGAACGAGCUCUGGAGAAGGAAAUAAUAUGACACUUAGCUAAAUUCAAAAAUAAUUCUAGAUGGGAACCCCAUUUGGAGAAUAUGUUUAAUUUGCUUUUGGAACAGUAAUGAAUCGCCAGGAGAGCUAAUUGUAUGAAAUAUUAUUAUAUCGUCAGCAUAAAGCAGUAUUUCAACCUUUUUAAGCCACUGGGAUUAGGAGUUACAAAUAUAGAGAAUAAUAAUGGGCCUAAGUAGCCACCCUGAGGAACACCUAAAGAAACAGCAUAAAUUUCAGAAUAGAAGCCCUAGACAGAAACAAAUUGUUUUCAGUGAUAUACGAUUUAAACCAAGAUAACAGUGAAUAACCAGCACCUAAACAUUCCGGUUUGUUAAUGAAUAGUUCAUGGAUGAAUAUAUAAAAUGCUUUGUUGAGGUCAGUAGUAUAACAUCAACAUGAUUACUUGCUACAAAGAAAUCGCAAAUGCAGGUUUCCAAUACAACACUGUUAGUAAUAGUAGAUUUAUGGUGACAAAACCCAUGUUGCUCUUUAAUGAACACAUGAUUAAAAGAUCUUUUAAUAUUUUCAAGCACAAUUAGUUCAACAAUUUUGCCUAGAUAAGGUAGGAUAGAUAUAGGCCGAUAAUUGGUAAUAUUGGAUGGAUCUCUUGUUUAUAAAAUCAGAGUAAUAGAACAGAUUUUCCAAACGUCAGGGAAAAUAUCACUAUUGAAGGACUAUCAAUUAAGUUGGAAGAAAAAUAAAGACAAGAAAUUACGGCAAUUGUAAACGAGGCUUGCAGAAAUACUAUCCAGACAAUUGGAGUGGUUAUUUUUUAGGUUUUCAAGCGUCAAAAGUACAUCAUAGAAAGAGAAAGUAUAGGUAGAAGAUAGAUCGAAUUGUAAAAAUUGUAAAUUAGGCUGUGCAGUCUGAGUGUUAGAGACUAUUGUUCGGUGAAAGACUGAAAAGACGUGUAUAGAGAAUAAGUUAGCAGAUGAUUCUUGAUCAAGAUUUACGAAUAAGGGAAUAACAUGUUUGUUAGGUGUUCAUUAAUAAAUAAACAGUUAUAUAUUCUUACCAAAAAUACCUAAAAAUCUACUUAUUGCAAUUUUUGUAGGGAUCUACAAUUUUUUUUUAAAAUAAAAUACAGCAUAUGAUACUCAAUUGUAAUGUAGCUUUUUAUAGCAGAGAGAAGUUUUAAAAUUGGUUAAGAUGUUUUUGAACUCAUCCAUUACAAACAUACAAAGAAAUCUGUUCUCUUUAUUAUAUUAUAAAUAUUAUAUAAUAUAUUAUAGUAUGGAUUAAAUAGUGAUGGGAUCAAUUUUGUUGUAAAACUAAUAUUCAAAACAAAAUACAAAAGAAACUAAAUGUUAUAUUUUUUUUAUAUAUAAAUUAUAUAUUAUCAUCGUUUAUUUAGAUUAUAGCGGAUUAGAAUGUAAGUAUUUUAAUUAUUUUAGGCAUUAUUAUGUAUACUUAGUUUUUAUAUAUGUGGAUAUUUGAAAAGCUUCAUGAAAAGGUAAUAUUUUUUUUAAAAAAAAUAUUAUUGUGGUUCUAUCGAUUUUACUCCUCGAGUAAAUAAACUACAAUUUUAUAAUAUAAAUCAGUAAAAUGUGUUUAUAUCUAAGAGAAUAUGAAUUACCUAUGUAUUAUUAUUUUAUUUUAUUUUAGUUUAUUCAAAAAUAUAUGUAUCAUAUAUUUAUAGAGAAAUGACAAUGGGUAAGUUGUUGGGUUAUCAUUUAUCAAAAAAUUCUCAAACUAUAAUAUUAAUUCAUUCAUCGAUCUUCAGUGAUUUUAGAUAGGUAACUAUUACCUUAGUUGUAAAUUUUCAUUUAUUUUAGAAAAAACAUAUUAUUUUUUUCAUACCUUCUCGGGAAAUAUCUUUAAAACUAAUGUAUUACUUCACGGAUUCGAUACUUAGAAUUAUAAAUUAAUAAUUUAAAAAUCCUUUUAGAUUCUGAGUAGAGCGAAGAAGCUUAUGGUUUUACAAAGAUGUUGUUUUUUCUUAUGCUGCUGUCUGCUUUUCUGUUUAGCUGUUUACAACUUUUCUUUUUUUAAAAAUAUUACGGCUAUCUUUUUUUCUGUGGACAACUUUUACCGGCAAGUUUGUUCCAAUUUAUUAGGAUAGCAAAUUUUUCUAAAAGAAAAUCUGAUUGAAAAAGUACUUAGGGAGGCCAUUUUUAGAUUUUCUUAAGAGCUUCCCCAGCAAAUAUAAAAAAACUAGGAAAGCCGUGAAAAAAGUAAAAAAUUAGGAAAAACGGGAAAAUCGGUGAAUGCACCGAAAAUUAAAUUAAUUUUAGACAAACAUUACUAAUGAAAAUAUAUAAUGCCUAUUUAAUUAUUUUACCAUAAUAUGAAAUAUAUAUUGUUGAGAAAGCAUCACCAUUAACUUAGCACAGAAUUUUUUUUCUUUAUAAAUGAUUUAUCGUUCCUUACAGAUAUACAUUAAAUUAACUUCAACCGUGGCUCCACCCGUCCCCGUUUUGCUAUGAUUUUUAGCAUGAAUGUUAAACAAAAUAACUUUCAGAUGCUUAACUACUACGAUAAUUUAAUAUUUUACAAAAAACGACUUCUACGAGCACGUAAUAGUCCAUAAUACUUCAAAAUUAAUAACUAAGAAAAACUGAAAAAAAAAAAACGUACAUUUAAAAUUGAUAAAUUUAUGUCAUUAAGAUUUCGUUACCUUAAAUUUUUUCGCUAUCCAUUUACUACUAGAAAUAUUGCUCCAAUACUAAAAUAAAAACAAAAAUAUAUCUCUUUUUUUGAAUUUGCAAUCUGGUUGGUGACCAAGAAAAUUGUUUUUUUUUUUUUGUUUUCUUUCUGUUUUAAAAUGUUUCCAGCAAACCCGAAAAUUGCAUAGAAAGUACUGGACAAUUAUGAAAAUAAUUCUUUUGGAACAUUAUUUUAAAUUUAGUUCUUAAUGAAAUUCAGUUAAAAAUAUGAAUAAAGACUUCAAAUUGAGACUGAAAUCUUAUUUAUAGACAUUUUAAUUUUGCAAUUUUUCAACGUAAUUUUUAUUUAGGAGGUACUCUGUGAAUAAAAUUGUUUGACUAAAGAUAAAUGCUUGACAAUANAUACUCAUCUACAACAGUAACAACAUUUGUCCUCAGUAUUAGUUCUUUUUUCCUUUGUUUGUAGGACAUACAGAGUAUUUAGAUUCUCUGAACGAACAUUGCAAACACACGAUCAGUGCGUAUAAAUAUAUUGAAAUUGUUCAUCAUUUUUUAUUAUAAAUAUAUUAGUUCUUAAUAAACUCAUGAAAUAUAAAUAAAUGUUAUUUUUAUAGGAUCAAAUGAUAAUUUGAAGAGAUUAACAGAUCCCAUGAUAAAAUUUAAAAGUAAGAUUCAUAACUGAAUUUUGUAACAUGUGGCUGUAAUGGCAUUCAUGAUAUUCUUAGUCGGCUUGCUUGCAACGUACUAGCUCCACGCGGCUGUCCGGAAAAAAUUAGAAUGUUCAACGAUGUAUAACUUAACUGAAUGAUUAAGGAAACUACAAUUGAUACAUUUGGAAAAAAUAAAAUAAAAUUGCAAUUUAUGUUUAAUUAUUUACUAUAAGUGUAAAAUCGAAUAUUAUACUACAUUCACAAUACUUUGAAAAUACACAUAGGAAUACAUUAAUAAAAGUGUUUGAAUAUUAGUAAAAAUUAAGGCUAUCCCCCUCCCUGAAUUUUCUCCUCCGAGCGCCCUUAUGAAAUACAGACCGUCGUCUGACAACAACGACGACGUUAUAAUUUAUAGAAACAAAAAAUAUUAUUAUUAAUAGUUUUAGGAUUUAUAUGCAAUAAAUAUUAUAAUAUGCAGUUCAUUUACUAAAAUAUGCAAACAAAAAAUGCUAAAACAAAGUUCUUUUAUUUAUACUAAAUAUAAAUACCUAAAUGGCAAUAGAAUUCGAGCUAAUAAAAAAUAACUUAUGCGGUCGAUGUUCGAUAUUAUUUGUUAGUACUUUUGCACUGUCUCAAAAUAUAUGCCGUUAAAUAAUGUUUUAGUAAUCCAAGUUAAUAUUUAUGAUAAUUCGAAAAAUAAAACAAUAAUUAUACAGACGUCCAUUAAAUAAAUACUAAAAUUCAUAUAAUACUCAAAAAUCUAAAUGUGGAAAUAUUAUAAGAUGCAUUAUGUUCAAAAUAUGGAAAAAAAUUUAUUCUAUUUAAUCAAGAAUAAUUUAAAUCGCGGACACAUCUACCAAAGUGAGCAAUUUGAGCUAAAGAAAAAAUCAUAAAAUUGCAUAGAAAUCCUUGGCCUAAUUAUUGGGCAUGGCAUUAUUACUGGGCAUGGAAACGUAGGUGCAGUGAGCGCGGACAGAAAUUAAUAGUAAAUUGAUAAUAUUUUAGAACACUCAUACUAAUGAUAUUUUAAUAGCACUAACAUACAAAUGUCCGAGACAGAUAAGGGUCAUAACAUUAAAAACACAUAGAUCCUAUCAAAUAUGACCUUUUAAUUACUUUUUAUAAACGAACUCAUAUUUUUUUAUUCUAGAAUGCAUACAAGAAAAUAAGACAUUUGGAUUUUGGCGUAAGUAGUGGUCAUGAGCCUAAAGUAUAAUUUGUAUUUAAUUAAAAUUUUAAAUCAAGGUAAUAAUUAAAAGGGGAAAAAUAUUUCUAGGAGUAUGUAACCACUGAUAUUGCAUGAAUACUUUCACAAAACGUAUUUUAUGAAUAUCAAUUUGUUAGCUAAUUUUAUAGUGUAUGCAAUAAAAAUAUCGAAUUAUUAAUAUAUUUAUUAUAUAGAAAGGUACGCCUAUAGUUCUGUGGUACGAGCUUUCUUUUGGUCAA